AUUUCUAAACCCUGCUCCUUCUCCACCUUCAAGUGAAGCACAAGCUUGUUCUUGAAUCUAAGAAACAAUAGAUAUGGCACCACACGAUAAAAAAUCGCUUAAGAAGAACAAGAAUAAGGACUCAGUUGACAAGCCAAAAAUGGAUAAAGCCUCGAAGAAAAUAUUCAAACCCAGGAGGGAGCAAAACGACGCCGCCGCCGCCGCCGCUAAGUCUGAAGCACUCGCUUUGCAGCUCGAAGACGAAGUUCCCGAUUUCCCCAGAGGGGGAGAAUUUUUUGUGAAGCGAAGGAAUGGAAGAGAAGAUUAUGAUGAGUUUGGGGAUGAGGAGCAAUCAUGGAAGACGAAGAAGAAUAAGAAGGGGAAAAAUGUGUUGAGGAAGAGUAAUGAACCCGCAGAUGAUUGGGGCUUGCUUUCCAGCGAUGUUAUUGCCGGAAAACUACCGCGGCGUGUGAAUAAAAUUACUCUCAAGAAUAUAACUCCUGGAAUGAAGCUUUGGGGAGUUGUUGCUGAAGUAAAUGAUAAAGACCUUGUAGUUAGUCUACCUGGGGGUUUACGUGGUUUAGUUCAUGCUUCAGAUGCAUUGGAUCCUAUUUUCGACGACACAAUUGAGGUUGGGGAAAGUUUCCUUUCUAGUGUAUUUUGUGUUGGGCAGCUGGUUUCUUGUGUUGUGUUGAGAUUGGAUGAUGACAAGAAAGAGAAAGGAAGUCGGAAAGUUUGGCUUUCUUUGCGUCUCUCUUUGUUGCACAAGAACUUCAACUUGGAUGUUGUUCAGGAAGGCAUGGUCCUUGCUGCAUAUGUGAAAAGCAUUGAAGACCAUGGUUACAUUCUUCAUUUUGGUUUGCCUUCUUUCAUGGGAUUCUUACCAAUAAAUAGCUCUACUGAAGGCCGGGGCAGUGAAUUAAAAAUUGGACAACUUCUGCAAGGUUUGGUCAGGAGCAUUGAUAAAGUUCGUAAAGUGGUUUACUUGAGUUCUGACCCUGAUACAAUGUCCAAAAGUGUGAACAAGGAUCUCAGAGGUAUUUCUAUUGAUCUUCUAGUUCCAGGAAUGAUGGUUAAUGCCCGUGUGAAGUCAAUCCUCGAGAAUGGUGUUAUGUUAUCAUUUCUCACAUACUUCACUGGAACUGUUGAUCUGUUUCAUUUACAAAAUAUAUAUCCUGCAACAAACUGGAAGGAGAAGUACAAUGAAUCUCAGAAGGUUAUUUCUCGGAUAUUAUUCAUUGAUCCAUCAAGUAGAGCUGUUGGUUUGACGCUGAAUCCUCAUCUUAUUCAGAAUAAGGCCCCUCCCUCUCAUGUUAAAAUUGGAGAUAUAUAUGACAACUCAAAAGUUGUCAGGGUGGAUAGAGGAUCAGGACUAUUGCUUGAAGUUCCAUCAAUUCCUGAGUCAACUCCAGCUUUUGUCAGUAUAUCUGAUAUUGCUGAAGAGGAGAUCCAGAAGCUUGAGAAGAAGUUCAAGGCAGGAAAUCAUGUUCGAGUUCGUAUUCUUGGGUUAAGGCAUUUGGAAGGGCUUGCUACAGGGGUUUUGAAGGCUAGUGCUAUUGGAGAGGCAGUAUUUACUCAUUCUGAUGUUAAGCCGGGGAUGGUGGUGAAGGCUAAGAUUCUUUCAGUUGACAGCUUUGGCGCCAUUGUGCAAAUUCCUGGUGGUGUGAAGGCACUUUGUCCUCUUCGACAUAUGUCUGAACUGGAAAUUGCAAAGCCUGGAAAAAAAUUCAAGGUGGGAGCUGAAUUGGUUUUCCGUGUGCUUGGUUGCAAGUCAAAAAGAGUGACAGUUACACACAAGAAAACCCUCGUGAAAUCGAAACUUGGGAUUAUUAGUUCAUAUGCUGAUGCAGCUGAUGGUUUGAUAACUCAUGGAUGGAUAACAAAGAUUGAAGUUCAUGGGUGCUUUGUACGGUUUUACAAUGGGGUCCAAGGAUUUGCUCCGAGAUCUGAACUUGGAUUAGAGCCAGGUGCUGAUCCAGGUACAGUGUAUAAUGUUGGGCAAGUUGUUAAAUGCCGGGUCAUAAGUUCUAUUCCUGCUUCACGGAGGAUCAACCUUAGUUUCAUAAUAAAGCCCUCAAGGGUUACUGAAGAUGAUAAGGUUACUAUAGGUAGCCUUGUUUCAGGAGUUGUUGACAGAAUAACAUCUAAUGCCAUUGUUGUUUAUGUCAAUGCAAAUGCAAGGGGUACAAUAUCUAUAGAGCACUUGGCAGAUCAUCAUGGGCAAGCUAUUUUGAUGAAGUCCGUAUUGAAGCCUGGGUAUAAUUUUGAUCAACUACUGGUUCUAGAUGUUAAGGGGAACAAUUUGAUUCUGUCUGCCAAAAGUUCGCUUACUAAGUCUGCUCCACAGAUUCCAGCAGAUAUUAGUCAGAUACAUCCUAACUCAGUUGUGCAUGGCUAUGUAUGUAAUUUAAUUGAGACAGGCUGCUUUGUUCGUUUCCUUGGUCAUUUAACGGGCUUCGCUCCAAGAAAUAAGGCGGCAGAUGACCAGAAAGCCAAUAUUUUGGAAGCCUAUUACAUUGGGCAAUCAGUUCGCAGUAAUGUAUCCAAUAUUAGUAGUGAAACUGGUAGAGUAACACUCUCUCUAAAGCAGACAUCAUGUUCUUCAACAGAUGCAUCGUUUAUUCAAGACUUCUUUCUUAUGGAUGAAAAGAUUGCUAAGUUGCAGCACUUGGGCUCCGGUGCAUCUGAUUUGAAGUGGGAUGAUGGAUUAAACAUUGGUACCAUUGCUAAAGGAAAAGUUGAGGAUGUUAAGGAAGUGGGAACUGUUAUAAGCUUUGAGAAGUAUAGUGAUGUUUUUGGUUUUAUCACCAAUUACCAGUUAGCUGGAGCCAUUGUGGAGAGAGGCUCUAUGGUGGAAGCAUUGGUUCUUGAUGUUGCAAAGGCAGAACGACUUGUUGAUUUAACUCUAAAACCAGAGUUCAUUAAUAGAACUAAAGAAAGGAGUGCUAUUAGUCAUACCAACAAGAAGAAACGUCAAAGGGAGACAUUGAGGGACUUGGUGUUGCAUCAGACAGUGAAUGCAGUGGUGGAAAUUGUUAAAGAAAACUAUUUGGUUGUAUCAAUUCCGGAGAAUAAUUACACUAUAGGAUAUGCAUCAGUAACUGACUAUAAUACUCAAAGGUUUCCUCAGAAGCAAUUCCUAAAUGGACAGAGCAUUGUUGCAACUGUUAUGGCUCUUCCAAGCCCCGAAACAUCGGGAAGGUUGCUUUUACUUCUUAAUGAGGUAAAUGAGACAUCUAGUUCUAAAAGAACCAAGAAGAAAUCUGGCUAUAAAGUGGGAUCUCUGGUUGAGGCAGAGAUUACUGAAGUCAAAUCACUUGAACUUAAACUGAAGUUUGGAUUUGGCCUACAUGGCAGGGUUCACAUAACAGAGGUACAUGAUUCAAAUGUUAUCGAAAGUCCAUUUUCUAGCUACAAAAUUGGACAAACAGUGAUGGCAAGGAUUGUUGCAAAGCCAAAUGAAGCAGGUAGCAAUAGGAAGGGCUCACAGUGGGAGCUAUCAAUCAAACCUGAAAUGCUUACAGGUUCCAGUGAUACCGGAGACAAUGUAUCUGGAAAUCUUGACUUUAGAAUUGGGCAAUGUGUGGCUGGUUAUGUAUAUAAAGUAGAAAGUGAAUGGGUUUGGUUAACAAUAUCUCGAAAUAUAAGAGCUCAGCUAUAUAUUCUUGAUAGUGCUACUGAACCCAGCAAGCUUGAGGAUUUCCAGAAUCGAUAUCAUGUUGGACAACCUGUUUCUGGUCAUGUUCUGAGUAUCAACUGGGAGAAGAAGCUAUUGCGGUUGGUUCUACACCCCUUUUCUGCUCUCGCUUGCAGUAUUAGUGAGGAGCCACAAAUUAACAUUGUGAAUAAGGAUUUAACAGCAUAUAUUCACGAAGGAGAUAUUUUAGGUGGAAGGAUUAGUAAAAUACUUCCAGGUGUUGGUGGAUUACUUGUCCAAAUUGGUCCUCAUAUAUAUGGAAAAGUUCAUUUUACUGAACUUAAAGACACCUUGGUGCCUGAUCCUUUGUCUGGAUAUCAUGAAGGGCAAUUUGUCAAAUGUGUAGUUCUUGAAGUCAGCCACACUGUCAAGGGAACUGUUCAUGUGGACUUGUCAUUGCGUUCUUUCAAUGGGACGCUCUCUCAGGACUCUGCAGAUCUUCAUAGCAUUGUACAUUCUAAUGGCAAAUGUAAGGAAAAGAUCGAGGAUCUUCAUCCUGACAUGGUUGUAAAGGGUUAUGUUAAAAAUGUCUCGCCAAAAGGAUGUUUCAUUUUGCUUUCUCGAAAGAUUGAUGCCAAAAUUCUUCUGUCCAAUCUGUCCGAUCAAUAUGUUAAAGAUCUUGAGAAAGAAUUUCCUGUUGGAAAACUUGUAAUUGGCAGGGUUAUAUCUGUGGAGCCUCUUUCAAAUCGUGUUGAAGUAACACUGAAGACAUCAACUGUUUCCAGUACAUCAAAAUCUGAGAUUAUUGAUUUGAGUAAAUUUCAUGUUGGUGAUGUUAUAACUGGCACGAUUAAGCGGGUCGAGUCAUUUGGUUUAUUCAUUGCAAUUGACAACACAAACAUGGUUGGAUUGUGCCAUGUAUCAGAGGUUUCUGAUAAUCAUAUCGAGAACAUUGAAACAAAGUAUAGAGCUGGAGAGAAAGUAAAUGCAAGAAUAUUAAAGGUUGAUGAAGAAAGACAGAGAAUUUCUUUAGGAAUGAAGAAUUCAUAUAUGGAGGAUGAAACUGUGCUUCAAAUACCUUUAGAGGAAGGAUCAGAUGAACCUAUUGCAGAUGGAAUGAAUAGUAGUUUGCUUGAAACCUCAAAUAUAGAUGUUGAAGGUGAAAUUGAUCAUUUCACAAUUCUAUCCCAAGCAGAAGAAAGGGCGUACAUUCCUCCACUUGAUGUUGACCUUGAUGACUGUGAUCAAUUUGAUAUAAAUAACACUAAUAGUCAAAGUGAAGAACAUGCAAAUGAAGGCACCAGAGAUGAAAAGCAGAAGAGGCGUGAAAAGAAAAAAACAAAGGAAGAAAGGGAGAAACAAAUUAGGGCUGCUGAGGAAAGACUACUGGAGGAGGAUGUACCAAGAACUGCUGAUGAGUACGAAAAGCUGGUUAGAAGUUCUCCUAAUAGCAGUUUUGUCUGGAUAAAAUACAUGGAUUUCAUGAUUUCAUUGGCCGAUGUUGAGAAAGCCCGCUCAAUUGCUGAAAGGGCUUUGAGGACAAUAAAUAUCCGUGAAGAAAAUGAGAAGCUAAACAUCUGGAAGGCUUACUUCAAUUUGGAAAAUAAGUAUGGAAAUCCUAGAGAGGAGGCUGUUAUGAAAGUAUUCCAGAGAGCUCUACAGUACAAUGAUCCCAAAAAAGUCCAUCUAGCACUCUUGGGAAUGUAUGAGAGGACCGAGCAGCAUAAUUUAGCUGAUGAACUUCUCAGUAAAAUGUCAAAGAAGUUCAAGCAUUCAUGCAAAGUUUGGUUGAGGCGUGUGCAGAGUCUUUUGAAGCAAAAGCAGGAUGGAAUUCAACCAGUUGUCAAUCGUGCUUUGUUAAGCCUUCCCCGACAUAAGCAUAUUAAAUUUCUCUCUCAGACAGCUAUUCUUGAAUUCAAGAGUGGGGUUCCAGAUCGGGGGCGAUCCUUGUUUGAAGGAAUUCUACGGGAAUAUCCAAAGAGAACAGACUUGUGGAGUGUUUAUCUUGAUCAAGAAAUUCAACUUAAAGAUGAAGAUGUAAUCCGCGCACUGUUUGAAAGGGCAGUUAGUCUGAGCCUCCCACCUAAAAAGAUGAAGUUCUUGUUUAAAAAGUAUCUUGAUUAUGAGAAGUCCCAAGGUGAUGAAGAACGAAUUGAAUCUGUGAAGAGGAAAGCAAUGGAAUAUGUGGAGAGUACUCUGGCUUGAAUCAUCACUGCUUUAGUUUUGAAUUAUUCAGCUUGCUUCCAUUCUGGAGAUCCAAAGAGGAAAAGGUUGGGUUUGUUAAGGCAUGAGAACUAAACAGUACAAAUUUUCCUAAAUCACCGGAAACAGGAUUUAAAUCUUGGUCGGAGGCAUCUGUAAAUUUAGUGGUUCUAUAAUCAGCUUUCUGCAGAUUAAAUUAAGUGCAUGGAUGAGAGCUUGUAAGAUGAGAUGUAAAUGCAUCAAAUGUGCAAUGCAAGAUAAAGACAUGCCUUUGAUAAUUUUGGUUACCCCAGUUAGAUGUUGAGGUUGAGGAUUAGAGAGGAAAUAUAGGCCAUUUUAUUCUUAUUCUUUGUCGCUAGCUUCACAGUAGUUACUAAGGAUGAUAAAUGUUUUGCGCUUAUAGAUUAAACAACGAUGUAUUGUUGGGAUAGUGUUUGAUUGCAACUCAUUUCGAGAAUGUAACCAUUAUAUUUUGUUCUCUUUACGCUUAU